CAAAUUUAAUAGCAUCCAAAUUGUGUAAAGGAAAAACAAUGUCUGGCGAGUAAGUUGUCACUUUUUUAUUCUUAUUUAAAUGGCCUAUGAAGUCGGAUACUCUUUCAUAUGAGAAUAAUAAUCUCAUGCCUUUUUUUGGUUUGUGCAUCUUUGAUUUUGCUGAACAACAAAUUGGGCACGCACAGCGGUUAUACAUCAUCCACUGCCCCCAAGGGAGAGGCGAAGCCUAAAUGCAAGAUUUCUGCGUCACGCAAGCUAUCACUAAAGAUCCUUCUGCUGACUCGUGCAACGGAAGACUUGGAGGCAGAGAAAACUGCAAAUGAGGAACAGAAGGUUCGAUACCUGAGGGAGAAGCUUCCACCGCUGCAGCUCAGUGGGUUAAACAUUGAUGAUCUGCAGAAAGUCUGUAAGGAGAUUCAUGAAAAGAUUCAUGUGGUGGACGAGGAUCGCUAUGACUGUGAAGCAAAGGUUCACAAGAACUACAGAGAUAUCAACGAGUUGAAGCUAAAGGUACAGGACCUUGGAGGAAAGUUUAAGAAACCAGCUCUCAGGAAGGUGAGAGUGUCAGCAGAUGAGAUGUUGAAAGCUCUGUUUGGAUCGAAAACUAAGGGCUCCAUGGAUCUGAGGGCCAAUCUCAAGUCUGUAAAGAAAGAAGACAUCAAACAAGAGAAGGAGCUGACGAUGGAGGUGGGUGACUGGCGUAAAAAUGUGGAGGCCAUGUCUGGUAUGCAGGGCAGGAAGAAGAUGUUUGAUGCUGCUGGUGGGGCCCAGUGAACAAAUUCCUUCAUGCGCUGACGCUGCAGGAUGGAUGGAGGAAGAUUUAAUGAAAGAACUUUAAUUGAAAGUGAAAAAAAAUUCACCAAAAUUUAACGUAACAUUUAUAAAAUAAAACUAAAAUGAGUCAAAAAUAAAAUGGGAUAGUCAAAAACUGAAAAUUACAAACCUAAAAAUAAAUGAAUUCAUAAAUUACUAGUGGAGACUAAUACAUGAUGAAGUUCAGAGCUUGACCAUUACAAUAAGAUAUACUCCAUGGACAACUGGAUUGGUUGGAUUUAGAUUUUAGGCAUAUUAUCAUAUGGUGAUAAUACUGUAUUUCAUUUGUGAGUGCAGCAGAUUUACAUUGCUUGGCAUUGUCCUUGUACACGGUAAUGGAGCUGUAUUUCUUCUGUCUCCACUAAGGAAUGCCAUAAACUUGCAGUGCCACCUGAGAUAUUUAGAGCAAGGAUAUACUUAGCCUUUCUUCUUCUAUGGAAUGAAUUCCUCUCCGGUUAAAAACAGCAAAUAUUGUCACACAUACUGAUACUUGUCCUUGAACUAGUGUCAAACACUGUCAGCAAGACAGGGGGUUGAAUAAUCAAGGGUGUUGUGGAUGGAGUCAGCAGGCUUUAAUGACUCUAAGGGUGAUGGAAAGAAUUUGUGUAUGACUGACAAUGCUAUUUUUACUGUGUGAAGUUAUUUCAUUUAGUAUAACAGUGGCCUAUAUGCACUACAAUAGUACAGCUUCUGUUUAUAUGAGCUGUGAAAUAAUCUGCCAUAACCCAGAAAUAUCAGUCUAGCCUCAAGAAUAAGAAAAUCACAGAAACUGGCCUGCUAGUCUCGAUUUUUACUUUUACAAGAAUCAGGAUGUAUAGAUGUAUGUAUAGACAUGUACCUAAUGCCCAAAUCAGAGGUUUUGGCCCAAAGUUUCUGCAGAUUUGUCAGCUGUAUAUCUAUAAUGCGAAUACCCCAAAGGUGCUCCGUUGGACUGAAAUUUGGUGACAGU